AUGGAGCAAGAGUAUGAAUUGGGUAAUAUUAAUGAAGGUAUUCUUAUGUUGCUCUGGAAUACAGCAGAUCAAACAUUACUUGUUCCAACAUUUCUCAAAUGUGGUCUUGCAAAGAGAGUAGUCGCCUGGCUUGCUCAAUCGACCAAAUUGACAGAAAAAAGUCGACAACCACUGAUUAGUAUUAUUCAUAAUAUAGCACGACACGAUGACGGCGCUGAUGAACUCAACAAUCAUGGAGUUAUUGACGUUAUAAAACAAUAUCAGAAGACUGGACUAGAAAAGGAAAAUUCACGAAGCCUUGUUGCUUCUAUGGCUUUAGCCCUUCUUUCGACACCUGAACAACUCAAAACUGAUAAGAAAGGUAUGAAUAUUGUACUAAAUCAAUUACUACAACUAGUCAUGAAUGCUACUAAAAGUGACGAAUAUCGACAUGAUGGAUUUCAUGUUAGUGAACCGUUGGCAGUCAUGGUAAAAAUGUUCGUCGUCGAAGAACGCACACUUGACUAUGUACUAUGUCAUGCUGAAACAGAACCUUCAUCAGAUAUGUUUUCGACUAUUCAUCUUUUCGCUUCGUUACUCUUCGAUUUUUCUCAAGCAUUAAAAGGAACCAAUCGACUUGAACAAUUUACUCUUAUUGCCAUAUUCAAUAUUCUUUGGAGUAUAUCAUUUCAACCAAUCUAUGCACAAGAAUUAAUAAAAAAUCAACAAUUAAUCGAAACAAUUAAACAUUUCAUAGAUGAAAAUUAUGAACAAAAAAUUUUAGAACAAUACAAGCCACGUUCAAUGGAAGGUAUCAAAGAAGCAGCUCAUGGUAUUCUUCAUAAUCUUAAGAUAGAUAACCAAAUCGAGACAACAUUCAAUAAUCAGAGCACUGUUCUUGAUGCUCUUAUAUCAAAUCCAUUGAAAGAUAUAAGUAGCAAGCCAUGGAUUAUGAUUAGUUAUUGUCAUGAUAACAACACUUUUUGUGAUACGAUACUCAGUUUUCUAUCCAAACGCAAUGAUGCCUUUGACAUAUGGAUCGAUCGAACUCACUGUCAAACAGCAGGUGAUUUAUGGGAGUCGAUUGCUGAUGGGAUGGAACGAGCAUGUAUUAUCGUAUGUCUUGUUUCAAGUCAAUAUUUUGAAAGUAAAUCAUGUCGUAAAGAAUUUAUAUACGCAGCUGAUACACUGAAGAAAACAAUUGUACCUGUAUUGUUAGAGAAUUUUAAGCCUAAAGGAUGGCUUGGUAUUCGCAUACCCGAUAUGAAAUAUAUUCGCUUUCGAGAUCUUCAGCCUGAGCAAACUAAAAUGGUUGAGUUGUUGAACACAAUUCUUUUAUCACUAAAAUCAAUGGACCAUGAAAACCUUCCAUCACCAUCUCAACACCACGCUGUAACACUAUCUAUUGCUGAUACCACCGCUGAAGAAACGUCUAUUCUUCGCCCAUUCGAUCAAUGGACAUCAACGGGUAAUGAUGUUGCCGCAUGGUUUGCACACCAUCGAAUAUCAAGAAAACUUCGUGAUUUAUUCGAAUUUCAAACAGGCAAAGAAAUGCUUGACUACGCUGAAUUACUCAUUAAAGAUCGUGAAAAACAGAUGAAUAUUUAUGAAAAAAUAUUUGCUGAGAAAUACAAUGGUAGUGAAAUGCCUCCACACGAAUUCUAUCGAUUUGCAACAGCCAUGGAACAAUUACUUAAUGAUAAUCGUUCUUCUUUGUCUUCUGUCAACAAAAAUGCAUCAAUACCAAUUAAAUCGAGCACCUGCAUUAUUUUAUAA